AUGGCGUCGCUUGGCACGCCACUGCCGCAGUUCCACGAGGCCAAGUCAUCGGCGACCACGCUGCUAUGGCAGGUCUACCACUGUCGUCCGCGAACCCAGCGGACCAAGGUGCUGGCUCUGGCCACAAUUUCUUUUCUUCUGUUCUGGUUCUUGCUGAGUCGGUCGUCCAGCGUGAGUGUGGUGAUGAUCAUUGCCCCCCGCGGUCAGUCAAUUAACCAACAAUGUCUCCGAUCUAGACACCGGACCCUGACUACUGGGCGAAAUUCCCCUCGCGCCAUCCCUUUCCCGACCGGCCGGAAGAUGCGCAACUCGUGCAGCCCCGGCUCGAAUAUUCCGUCAACGGUUCCCUGCCUCAUGAUCUGUCCAAGGCCAAUCCCCAGUUCCAUGUCCUGGUGCCGGCCGAGGAUUCUUCCCGCGGCGUCUGCCGGACCAUGA